CUUGUUUGUGUUUUCUUCCAUUUAUGGUUUGUUUCUAACUUCCGAAUUGACCACCCACUUUUUUUCCAUUGACAGCAUAUUUAUAAACCAUCAGUUUCUGAGAGCACAGCUUACAACCAUGGAGCAACUCAAUGCAACUGUGGUUAGCACUAACUUUUCUCCUACAGAACUUCCAACAUUCCCCUCCUGGAAAGCAGGCGGUCUGGUUCCUGCGGUGGUGUACAUCUUUUGCUUUCUACUGGGAGUUUCUGGAAACAUCGCAGUGAUUCUUCUCAAGCCUAACUGGCAGAAUCUGUCCAGUCUGAGCCGGACUUUGAUGCUAAACCUGGCUGUGUCUGACCUGCUGUGUCUGGUGACUCUUCCAAUUUGGGCAUACAGUAUCCUCUAUGGAUGGAUAUUCCAGCUAGCGGCCUGUAAGCUUCUAGCUUAUCUUGUGUACUGCAGCUUUCAUGGCAGCCUGCUGACUGUAACUGCAUUAAGCGUCCACCGAUACCUGGCUGUGGUGCGCCGACAGAGGUACAAUCAGGUGCGGAAAAGAGUGCUGCUGCUGCUUCUUCUCUGGCUGGUUGCUGUCAUCCUUUCCAUUCCUGCUUUGGUGGUCCGACAGCUGAAAACAUAUCAGCAGUCAGCACAAUGCCGAUCUCAGUUCACCUCUGAGACACAGUGGGUGGUUUUGAUGCUACUGGAGAGCCUGUUUGGAUUUGUUUGUUUUUCUUUAGUGGGUUGUACAUAUAUUCGCUUGCACAGGAAGGUUAACCAGACAGCUCUUUUCAACCACCCCCAGACAACCCGACUGGUGACCAGGAUCAUCGUGAGCUUAUUUGUCGUGUGGAUUCCAUAUCAUACGAUCAACCUGCUACGUGUGGCAGCUAUAUGUCUGAAACAUGUGGACUUGUUAAACUUUUGCAUGGAUCAACGGGAACUUGUUGUGUCACUUAUAUUUCUACACAGCUGUCUGAAUCCACUCCUGUAUGCCUUUUCUUCUCCUAAAAUGUGCCCCAUCUGCAACCAAAAUGCACCAAACCAAGGAAUUUGUCAAGACACGGAACAACAGCAAAACCUCGAUGAUGACAGCUAAAGACGUCCUGCUUUCACAAAGAACAAAUAGGGGUGGUUCUUUUAAUUGAUUUCAUAUUUUUCAUUGCAAAAUCUGCUUCUAAUACAAUUUGUCUUACAGAUGACUACAAUUAUUUGCUUGGUUUCUUUAUCACUAACCACAUAUUCCCAUCAUCUUUGCUUUAAUUUUUUCACAACUCAAGUUGAUCUUUAAUCUACAGUCAAAUCCAAUAAAAUGAAGUAGUCUCUUGGAUGAAACUCAUUUGCGAGAUUAAAAUAACCUUUUGU